UAUUACGUUUCCGACACAAGAAAACAAUAAAACGAGAGAAUGGCUCAGCGAAAGAAGAAACUCACGAAGAAAAAGAGACAUCAAGCUAGAGAACCGGAGUCUGAAUCUGACGGAGACUUCGAGCUGGCAGCUGAAGUAAAAGACGAUGAGUCGCCUGGGAGGAAACUGCUGCGGUUCCCCUCGGCUGCAGACUGCACAUCAGAUGUGGAGCCUGACACCAGGGGGCUGGUUAGAGCCCAAAACAAGAAGAAGAAGAAAUCUGGAGGCUUUCAGUCCAUGGGUCUAAGCUAUCCUGUGUAUAAAGGCGUCAUGAAAAAAGGUUACAAAGUUCCUACACCCAUUCAAAGAAAGACUGUUCCAGUGAUUUUGGAUGGGAAGGAUGUGGUAGCCAUGGCUAGGACAGGCAGUGGGAAAACGGCUGCCUUUCUUGUGCCCAUGUUUGAAAGGCUGAAGGCCCCUCAAGCCCAAUCAGGAGCCAGAGCUCUCAUUCUGUCCCCUACCAGGGAGUUGGCCCUACAGACGAUGAAGUUCACCAAAGAGUUGGGAAAAUUCACUGGCCUCAAGACUGCUUUGAUUCUGGGUGGAGACAGAAUGGAGGAUCAGUUUGCUGCUCUUCAUGAAAAUCCUGACAUAAUCAUUGGUACUCCUGGUCGUCUCAUGCACGUGGUCAAAGAAAUGAACCUGAAGCUGCACAGCGUGGAGUAUGUGGUCUUCGAUGAAGCCGAUCGGCUGUUUGAAAUGGGUUUUGCUGAGCAGCUUCAGGAGAUCAUUCAGAGGCUCCCAGACACCAGGCAGACCCUCUUGUUCUCUGCUACUCUCCCCAAACUGUUGGUGGAAUUUGCUAGAGCUGGGUUGACGGAACCUGUUCUGAUUCGUUUGGAUGUGGAUUCUAAGCUUAGUGACCAAAUCAAGCUCUCCUUCUUCCACCUACGUGUGGAUGACAAACCGGCGCUGCUGCUGCACCUUUUGAAAAACGUGGCAAAACCCCAGGAGCAGACGGUGGUCUUUGUGGCCACCAAGCAUCACGUAGAGUACCUCAGAGAGUUGCUGUCGUCAGAGGGCAUCGAGUGCGCCCACAUCUACAGUGCUCUCGAUCAAACCGCUAGGAAGAUCAAUAUUGGUAAAUUUGUGCACCGGAAAGCCAUGGUGCUGCUCGUGACUGAUGUCGCCGCUCGCGGUAUAGACAUACCCAUGCUGGACAACGUCAUCAACUACAACUUCCCAUCCAAGGCGAAGCUCUUCUUGCAUCGAGUUGGUCGUGUGGGACGCGCUGGACGCAGCGGCUCCACCUACAGCCUGAUAUGUCCUGAUGAGAUGCCUUUUCUCUAUGACCUCCAUCUUUUUCUUGGAAGACCUGUGCAGUUUGCCACACUUGAUCACACCCAAGAGUGUGAUGGCGUGCUUGGCAGAGUGCCGCAGAGCAUUCUGGAUGAUGAAGGUUCCCAUUUGAUCACAGCUCAUGAGAACUCUCUGGACCUGCAGAAUCUGCAUCGUGUCUCGGAGAACGCAUACAAACAGUACCUGAAGUCAAGGCCCAACCCUUCCACAGAGUCCAUCAGACGAGUCAAAAACCUGGAUCUGUCCUGCAUGGCCGUUCAUCCACUACUCGGUUCUGGUCUGGAGAAAAUGGAACUCGAGCGUCUUCAAAUAGUCGAUGCUAUCAAAGGCUACAAAUCUAAAUCAACUAUAUUUGAAAUCAACUCGAACAGUAAGACACCUGCUAGUGAGGUGAUGCGGGCUAAACGCUCCAAAGACGCAGGUUUAGUGGACAAGUUCAGCAAACAGAAAGAGGAUCUGGCUGCAGAGAACAGGCCGCUCCAGUUUGUCGCCUCUGUUGAUGAUGACUCGAUGCAUGGAACAAUCAAGGAGGAAGAAGAUCUGAAGGGUGUGUUUUCUGAGGUUUUAGGCGGGAAGAGAAAAGGCCCACAGAAACAUGAAGAUCAGCUGAAGAGCAAGAGAAGAAAGCAAGCAGGCAAAGAUGAAGAGUAUUACAUCCCCUACCGACCAAAAGACUUCAACUCUGAGAAAGGCUUAAGCCUCAGUGGGGAGGGCACUAACUUUGAGCAACAAGCUUCCACUGCUGUUCUGGACCUCAUGGGAGACGACAACAACCAGUUAAACCAGCACAAAAAAGUAAUGAAAUGGGAUCGUAAACGGAAGCGCUUCAUAACAGAAACGAGAAAGGAGGACCCCAAGAAGAAAAUUAAGACGGAGAACAACAGAGUCAUCGUUAACAAGAAGAACAGGAAGAACUUUUAUGAAGAGUGGAAGAAAAAGUACAAAGUGGAUGAUGCAGAUUCUGGAUCAGAGGGAGAGACAGGAGGAGGAGGAGGAGGAGGAGGAGCUGGAGGUCGCGGCCGAGGUCGCCGGGGACCGACCCCUCGCAGGUCGUCUGCAGGACCAGGAAGUCGCAAAGUACGCUCUGAGCUAAAAUCAAGCGCUCAGAUCCUAAAGCAGCGCAAAAUCAAAGACAAGCAGAAGUUCCUGCAGAGCGGCGGGAUGAAAAAAAUCCGCGCUAAGAACAAGAAGUGGGUCGGAGAGGUGAAGAAGGGAGGUUUCGGGCGGGGCGGCCAAAAGAAGGGCAAGCUGAAGAAGAGACUGUGAUGACAGUCUUUAGAUUAGCUGUGGUGAAGACAGCGUUCUGGUUUGUAAAAGUGCAUUUCAGGUUUUUCAUUUUGACUUCUUCUUUGGUGUCAGAAACUCAGACAGGAUGUUUUUAAGAGCUAACACAGAUUGUAUGUUCACUUUAUUACUAUAUUGCCAAAUAAAACUGUUAUUGAGAAAUAA